AUGUACCAGCACCCACGCCCUUCGCCGCGGACCGCCUCGGCGGCGAACAACCUCCAGACCAACCCUACACGAACCAACAACCAGCGGGAUCCCAUGUCCGAACGCUCGUCACCACAUUCAGAUUAUGCCCCCUAUAGCGAUCGCGGAACCGACGACAGCGGCGAGAUGGUAGGCCGCGCCGAUCAAGUGUCGGAGGCAGAUCAGAGACAUAACCAGAAGGUAAACCAGGUUAUACAGAACUUCUUUACCAAAACAGCCCUCACCAUCAUUUCAUCCCGAACAAUACUGCCCCAGAGCUUCAACAAAGAUGGGAACCUCAGACAAAAUAAAUGGUUCAACGUCGUCCUCGAUGAGUCCGAUCGCCUCACCCCACAUCUCCAAGAGUGGAAAACGAUGGAUGCAGUGGCCGGUCAACACCCUUCGCUUUGCAUCGAGAUAUACUUGGACACUCAAAGCCUGGGCCACAAGCAAUCGCUUGUCGUCCACGACGAGCAGGGUAAGAGAUGGGAUGUUGCUGAGGCAAUGAACGUGCCUUCCGAGCCGUCAAGGCCUCCGAGCCGGGCGGGCAAAUCCACGCAGCUUAUACUGGAACGCUGGAAGGUCCAUAUUGGUGAUAAGCACGCAGUGCAUCCUUCCGACUUGAGUGAUCCACUGCCGAACGUGUACAAGAAAGCCGUCGUCUUAUUCCGGUCCCUCUACGCCUAUCUCCGCUUCAUCCCUGCCUUCAAAUACUACAAGAGCAUCGCCAAACAACCAGCUAAUCAUCCAUCACUGAAAUUGAACUUUCGAAUAACGAACGGCGACUUCAAGAGUCCGCGUCCGGAUACCCUAAGUGUUCCACUGUAUCCAUCGACGGAAAGCGUUACCGAAGCGCAAGUAUUCGCGCCGUCAAACUCGCCCGUCGGGCCCUUGUGCAUCUCUGUCGAGUACCGCACAAACUGCGAGUUUAGUGUCGAAGAUUCAGAAUCGUUACUAAGCUCGCAUUUUCUGGGCCUGGACAACACAUACCUCGAGCGAUCGAACCAGGAAGCCCAAACCAUACCAGGCUCUCUCCCCGUCAACAAGCUACAUUCCCAGGACACUCCAGACGUGGGACAGGCAUAUGGUAGCAUGUCGACAUUCCACCAGGUCGGCCCUCCGACUGGUACGAGCCCGAUGUCGGCUCUACGUGCUGUUCGAGACAUGCCUUCGUCGUCACCGACCGAAUCGCCGCCCUCAAAACUGCCUCCUAAUCACCGCAUGGCGCAAGGGUCAAGGUCGUCCCUUCGUUCUACCGAGGCACCAUCUUAUCAAAGACGUACGUCUGUGUCAUUCCAACCUUUCAAGGCUGGUUCACUAUCAUCUUCGCCCGCUCCUACUUCGUACAUACCUCCGUCCCCCGGAAGCUCCGCUGGCAGCAGACCAAGCAGUUCUCUGGCUCGAGCAACUGCUCCCAAUCCUAAUCCUUUGAAUCAGCCUCGCAACCGCACCUCGUUGACUGCUCUUCCCCAAACUGCGCUCAGGCAACCAUCACUGCCGAAUGAGACCGCGAUUGCAUCGUCGGCAUCCAGCUCACCGAAACCGGCGCCAAUUGCACGUUACAGUAGCAGCUUUGGCCAUCGCAGGAGCCGGUUUUCAUCUGGAGGGGGCAGUAAAGUUGAGGACGAUAAUCUCAGCAGCGGGAGAGGAAGUGUGGCUUCAUCACAGCAGCGUGGCUCUGGUGAUUUGAAUGAGGGCGAGGGAGCUAGCUCAGGAUCUGUUAAGACAGACGACGAGAAUAUCUCCGACUUCUUAAAGCUUUUAGAGCAGAAGAAGGACCUCAAAAGCUUCAGCAAACCUGAUACUGCUUCGCGAGAUGCAUCUAUGCGCAAAACCACCGCCCAACUUUCGAAAUAUCAGCGGAUGCGCGAGCCAUACAAUACUCUGUCGGACUCUGUCUCCUCGUCCAUGAUGCUGCACCGAUCCUCCUCGUCCUCGAGCCGUCAGCUCUCCAGCAUUCCCCCUAUGAUUGCAGGCACAUCCUUCUCUACUGCGUCGUCCCCAGGAAAGCCCAUCUCACCACAUACGCCUCACACCCCUGCAAUUCCUUCCCGACUAAGCGCAAACAGCAUCAUCGAAUACGAGCCACGCCGGAGCCGCAGUCGACCUGGACACACGUCGCGCGGUCAAGAUGUUGCCGAUGUGCAAGAGCGGAGUGAAAGCGACGAGGGGACAAACGCUAUAGAUAUUCCCACCUCGCCUCGACCUUGGAACCAUCCUCGCAGAUCUAGCUCUGCUGCACAACAGCAGCGUGCCAUGGAAGACGAACCUGACUUUUUCGGCCUGCGAUCAGCCAGCGUCCCAGUUGACGAAUCCGAUCGCGAACGUGACUUAGACCGCGCGCUUGCACCCGAUCUUACACCGAGCGAGCUCUUUGCACAGACUGAGCUUCUGGCAAGCGAAAGUCACGACCCGCCUACUGCAGGCGCACAGGACGAGCUACCGCGCCCUGUGUCAACAUCCAACCUGCCUGCAAAGCGUGGCUCCUUCUCUGGAGGUAGUAGAAGUCGCGGUGGCUAUGCUUCUCACCUAUCUUCGACCAGUCUGACCACAGGAGGGACGAGCUCCACCGAACGACAAAGUCGAUACAAUUUCGCCAGCCGCAACGUCUCCAACGACGAUGAUGAGCCGUUGCUGUUCCAAAUGAGCGAAAUUGGUGCUGGCUCUAGGCGGAGUCUCGAAGAAGCAAGAGGCGGGUCAGGUGGUAGCGGAGGCCGGCGCGGCUCACCAUGGCUCCGUUGA